CUCUGUUUGGUUAAUGUGUAUUUCUGUAUUUUAAAUGUUAAAUUAAAUGCAAUAAGACUGAUUUAAGAUAAACAUAGUACGCGUUAGAUAACAAAUAAAAGACGAAAACCUAAAAAGCUGUCAAUAAAAAAGGGCGCUUCAAAGCGAAGGUUAGACCUGACCAAUCAGAAGAGAAAAGGGGCAGGGCUGCCUCUCAUAAUAAAGGUGUGUGAGGGUGCAGAGACGAGCAGGAUUUAACAUCAGCAUCCCAGAGCAUCAGCAUCUCACGCUCAUCCCUCGUUUACCAUGUUGCUGCUCGGACUCUUGCCGCUGAUGUUGCUACGGGGGUGUGGUUGCCAGGCGGCAGACGUUCCCGAGGAUGUGACGGCAGAGUUCUCGGUCAGACUUUACCACCAGCUCCAGAUCACAGGGGGAGAGGAGAACAUCAUAUUCUCCCCACUGAGCGUGGCUCUGGCUCUGGGCAUGGUGGAGCUGGGCGCCCGUGGCUCUUCUUUAGAGGAGAUCAGACAGGCCGUGGGCUACAGUCAUUUCAGAGAAGAUGAGGAGUUCUCUCUGCUGAGCAACCUGACCCAGGCCCUGUCCACAGAUGAAGAGCAGUACGUGGUCCGGCUGGCCAAUUCCCUCUUUCUGCAGAGGGGGGUUCACUUCAAUGAGGACUUCCUACAGCUCAUGAAGAAGUACUUCAAAGCGGAGGUGGAGACGGUGGACUUCAGUGAGUCAGCAGCCGUGGCUGAACGCAUCAACUCUUGGGUGCUGAACCACACGGAGAGCAAAAUCCACAACCUGGUGUCUGCGGACGACUUCAGCAGCUCCACCAUGAUCAUGUUAGUAAAUGCUGUGUACUUCAGGGGCAGCUGGAAGAACCAGUUCAGACCAGAAAACACCAGAACCUUCUCCUUCACCAAGGAUGAUGGCAGUGAAGUUCAGACCUUGAUGAUGUACCAGCAGGGAGACUUCUAUUACGGAGAGUUCAGCGAUGGCACCACAGAGGCGGGUGGAGUGUACCAGGUCCUGGAGAUGCUCUAUGAAGGCGAAGACAUGAGCAUGAUGAUCGUUCUGCCCCGUCAGGAGGUUCCUCUGGCCACCCUGGAGCCCAUCAUCAAAGCCCAGCUGCUGGAGGAGUGGGCCAACAAUGUCAAGAGGCAGAAGGUGGAGGUCUACCUGCCCAGAUUCAAGGUGGAACAAAAGAUUGAUCUGAGAGACGCACUGCAGCAGCUGGGCAUCAAGAACAUCUUCACCAAAGAUGCCGAUCUGUCAGCCAUGACAGCCGAUGUGACAGAUGGACAGGAUCUGUUUAUCGGGAAGGCUGUACAGAAGGCUUACCUGGAGGUAACAGAGGAAGGGGCCGAGGGGGCGGCAGGAUCAGGUAUGAUCGCAUUGACGAGGACACUGGUGCUUUACCCACAGGUCAUGGCUGACCACCCUUUCUUCUUCGUCAUCAGAAAUAGAAAAACAGGAUCAAUCCUCUUCAUGGGCAGAGUUAUGAAUCCUGAAGUCAUCGAGCCAUUUGACAACAACUUUGACAUGUAAAAGCCCAGCAAUCAACCGAGUUCAUGCUUAUCUUCUGCCAACCACAAGUUACAUCACAGAAAGGAAACUCAUUACUUUGCCAUGGUUUUCUAAACACACAAGAAAAUAUUAUAUAAGCAGGAUAUUUAUAUUAUAAAAGUGAUUGUGUUUUGAUACUCAUAAGCUUUAACCGUACCAGGAAAUACAGAGCUGUAAAUAUUUGAAGUCUCAGCGGCCACUGCAUCCCAUGUACUCACAUUCAAUCACAUCUUAUUCCACACCAGCAUCAUUUGUUCCUGUAAUUCAUGUAUUUCUUCUCAUGUAUAUUUGCUAUUGUGUUUCGUAGAGAAAUGUUGAUAUUUAUUGCAAGGAUUUGUGCACUUCUCUAUAUGUAGACUCACUUAAGGUGAGACACCCCUUUGUUUGGUUUUGUACACGGCUGAACUACUGCUGACAUACUAAUAUGCCUUAUUAUAUAAAUAUGAGUUUUUGAUUUAAUGUAAGGUUGCGAAUGUACAGGUAGUGAAGCGCUGUUGCCAUGGAGACUCAGGCAGACUGAGAGAGAGAGUGCAUUUGGUAUAAAUGAUGAAAAAAAAAAAAUACCAGCUGUAUUCUCUAUUUCAGAAAUAAAGAUGAAUGUCUUCAA